CGCCAGUCUGUGUUCCAAAACUCGCAGCUUGAAGUUGCCUGCGCCGCGCUGAACGACACGAUCCUCGUCUCGAAGCAGAGGUCGUCGUCGUCGGCGUCACACCACUGGCAUCACAUACUGUAUCACUGGGCCCUAUUUCAAGUCAAGGUUCGUUUUGAGAACACAAAACAUGACAGUAUCAGUACAUUCCAAUCAAGAAACCAAAGUACAUGUUCAGCCUCGUGGUGAUUCAGCCUAAGGUAGCUAUGUUUAUUUUUUGGGAUUCAGUCUACUGUCGACAGCUGUCAUCGAUCACUGUCAUCGACAUUGCAUCCGAGCUUCUUGUCUUAGCCUCGCGAACUCUCUUUUGCUUGUUUGCUUUGACGGCCACAUGCCAGUCUGACAUCUGUCAAACAAAACGAGCCACUGACUUCAACUCGCAGCGCGACGAACCCGACUCGCUGUUGACGGGCGUCACAUAAAACGAACCUCUAACCACCCACUCGAUUCCUCCUACUCGACGGAUGGACUUCGAGAGCCUCAUUCACUGUUGACCUCAUCAACUGACCGCUGCCAAUAAUGAACUGCUAUUGUGAUGUUCAAGCUGUCCUCGAUGACAAGAAGACUGGAGAACAAACCCAUUUUCUAAGGGGACUUCCUGAUACAACAUUGUACAGCCAUCGCCAGCCUUGGAAGAAUACAACAUCAACUAUAGUAAAAGACGAUGAAAACACACAGUUGCUGACAUACGCUGUACAAUGUACUCAUACGUGUGACUUGACCUGCUGCAGGGGCCCGCCGUUUUGUAUCACCUUCGUUGCUCACCGCCGCAGCCUCCACUCCCAGUAUCGGGCAUGUAGUUCUCACACACACACGGGAACUACGCUGCAUCAUCGUCGCGUCGAAUGUUGCCUUCACAUACUAGUACUACUAUUCCAGAACGAUUCGUUUCCAUUGUUUCUUCCGGGACGAGGCUGGCUCGAACGUUUCAGGGCACCGGCAUUGGCACCACAAAUUGUGGGCGGUGCGGGUGUCGCUCGGCUCCGCCCCCUUUAUUGUUCUUCUGAAUAUUCGCCUCGACUUUUUUCUUUUCCGUACGACGUACUCCUGACUCAGCUUGCAGUGCAGUGUGGCCCAACGCAUACUGUAUCGUGCCGAGUAAAGGAGGCAUCCACGGCUCCGAUAAAAAUGUUACGACUAAUCGGUACACAGUAGUAGUACCACAGCUGUGGUUCAAGUUCGACGAAUGCUCCGCCAGCAUACGUAUCACUUACCUAGGUACAAUGCCAUUGUAUAGUACUCCACCAGGUGCUGCUAUCGAUAGUCCAUCACAGCUCUAUUAUAUGUUUCAAAUUAUCAGACUGCUUGCCUACCCUGGAUUUACCAUACUUGGGCUACUACCGAGGUCCUGCUUCUGCUCACUACAUGCACUGGUACAAGUCAUCUCUCUUCACACAAUUUGUAAGGGGAUGCAGUGUGAGGGGAUUUGGACCAAUUGCGUGAAGAGAGGUGACUCGUACUAGGUGUGAGAUUCUGCUAUCGAAGCUCUAUCAUUAUGGUUAUCAGACUGCUUCCGCUACCCUAAGCUUACCCUACCUCGAGAGAGGAGUACAUGCAUGCUUUGCCAGUACUGACUUAUUAAUGGUGGCUAAGGGAAUGCUUCUGGAAAUAUUGAACUUUUUCAAAUAUAUACGUUGUAGUCGUUUCUCGUUGCCCAAA